CUCACACAAUUCCAAUGGCUGAUCCAAGUGGUGCACCCCCACAACCCGGUCCAAAUGACACGGCAACGGCGAUACUGAGGCAAAAGAAAUCACCCCACCGACUCAUCGUAGAUGAGGCAACCUCGGACGAUAACUCGGUCGCAACCCUCAAUCCGGCUACGAUGGAAAUACUCUCUUUGUUCCGCGGUGACACCAUCAUAGUGAGGGGAAAGAAGCGACGUGACACUGUCCUUAUUUGCUUGAGCUCGGAUGAUGUCGAGGAAGGCCGUAUUCAAAUGAAUAAAGUUGCACGAAACAACCUGCGAGUUAAGCUCGGGGAUCUGGUCGGUGUACACCAAUGCCUCGACAUCAAAUACGGAAAACGAGUGCACAUACUCCCGUUUGACGAUUCCAUAGAGGGUCUCAGCGGCAAUAUUUUUGAUGUCUAUCUCAAGCCCUAUUUCCUGGAAGCAUACCGGCCUGUUCGCAAGGGCGAUACUUUCCUCGUUCGUGGUGGCAUGCGGACUGUCGAAUUCAAGGUAAUCGAAACCGAUCCCGCAGAAUACUGUAUAGUGGCACAAGAUACCGUCAUCCAUACAGAGGGCGACCCUGUCAAACGUGAAGACGAGGAAGCAAACCUUGCCGAUGUGGGUUAUGAUGACAUUGGCGGCUGUCGCAAACAAAUGGCUCAAAUUCGUGAGCUUGUGGAGUUACCAUUGCGACAUCCCCAACUCUUCAAAUCUAUCGGUAUUAAACCUCCACGAGGUAUCCUUAUGUAUGGACCUCCGGGAACUGGUAAAACCCUUAUGGCUCGUGCUGUUGCCAACGAAACGGGUGCAUUUUUCUUCUUGAUCAAUGGCCCGGAGAUUAUGAGCAAGAUGGCUGGAGAGAGUGAGAGCAAUUUGCGGAAGGCGUUUGAAGAGGCCGAGAAAAAUUCACCUGCUAUCAUCUUCAUCGACGAGAUUGACUCCAUUGCACCAAAACGUGAAAAGACCAAUGGCGAAGUCGAACGUCGCGUAGUCUCGCAACUUCUCACACUCAUGGAUGGUCUGAAAGCCCGGUCGAACGUAGUUGUGAUGGCUGCCACCAAUCGUCCAAACUCUAUCGACCCUGCACUCCGGCGGUUCGGUCGUUUUGAUCGUGAAAUUGACAUUGGCAUCCCUGAUCCCACUGGCCGUCUGGAAAUUCUGCGUAUUCAUACCAAGAACAUGAAGUUGGCUGAUGAUGUUGACUUGGAGCAAAUCGCCGCCGAUACCCACGGUUACGUUGGUUCCGAUGUUGCCUCUCUUUGUUCAGAAGCCGCUAUGCAGCAAAUUCGGGAGAAAAUGGACCUUAUCGACCUCGAUGAGGACACUAUAGACGCGGAAGUUUUGGAUUCACUGGGCGUUACCAUGGAUAAUUUCCGUUUCGCACUUGGCACUUCGAAUCCUUCUGCUCUCAGGGAAACGGUUGUCGAAGUUCCUACUGUCACAUGGGACGAUAUCGGUGGUCUGGACAAAGUCAAGUUAGAACUCCAGGAGACAGUGCAAUAUCCAGUCGAUCAUCCCGAGAAGUUCCUCAAGUACGGUAUGGCUCCGUCAAAGGGUGUCUUGUUCUAUGGCCCUCCUGGAACGGGUAAGACACUCCUGGCCAAGGCCAUCGCCAAUGAGUGCAACGCAAACUUCAUCAGUAUCAAGGGCCCCGAGUUGCUUACCAUGUGGUUCGGUGAAUCCGAAGCAAACGUCCGUGAUGUCUUCGACAAAGCCCGUGCGGCCGCACCGUGUGUCAUGUUUUUCGACGAGCUUGAUUCCAUCGCGAAAGCUCGUGGUGGUUCAUCAGGCGAUGGAGGAGGUGCUGGCGACCGUGUACUUAAUCAGCUGCUCACGGAGAUGGACGGAAUGAGCACGAAGAAAAAUGUGUUCAUUAUCGGUGCUACUAACCGACCUGACCAAAUUGACUCCGCACUGCUUCGUCCUGGACGGCUCGACCAACUCAUCUACAUUCCACUUCCCGAUGAAACGUCACGGCUCGCCAUUUUGAAAGCCAACCUCAAGAAAUCCCCGGUUGCCACGGAUGUUGACCUGUCAUUCUUGGCCAAGUCAACACAUGGCUUUUCUGGUGCUGACCUCACAGAAAUCUGCCAGCGAGCCGCUAAGCUAGCUAUCCGGGAGAGUAUAGAAGCUGAUAUCCGGAGGCAGCGCGAAAAACAGGACGUGGAAGGGGAUGACGCCAAAAUGGAGGAAGACGAAGAGGAGGAUCCAGUGCCUGAGAUAACCAAGGAUCACUUCGAAGAGGCAAUGAAAUAUGCUCGUCGUUCGGUUUCCGACCAAGACAUCAGGCGCUACGAAAUGUUCGCUCAGAACCUGCAGCAAUCUCGUGGCUUUGGAAAUAACUUCCGUUUCCCCGAUGGGCCAUCAUCAGGGCCAGACGGCAAUGCUGGCUUCCAGGACGAUACACAAGAAGAUGAUUUAUACGCGUAGUCUACUCUACUUUGUAUUUUGGACUGUCUGUGGGCUGGACGAACCUCGACAACAAAUAGAUUGCAUGAUUGACACGA